CUGGUUACAACUGAGGUGGGCGAGGGGCCCGGAGGGCCGGGAGGGGCCGGGAGGAGCGUCCAGGCCCUGCCCGGCGCGGGGAAGCGGGCCUGCGCACCACGAGGGCCCGUCUGCUGGGGGAAGUGACCGCUCCCCGAGGAAGGGGCCAGUCCCCGACUCCGCGUCUUCCGCUCACUGCCUUAACUUUGGGGUGUGGCGGGGCUUCUCCGACGGGACUGUUCCUCGGAGGAGGUCUGCAUGUGCAGGAGGUUGGAAGCCACGCUGGUGCUGCUCAUCCUCCUGGCUGACUCUUGGGCUGAUCCAAACACAUGCUGCUAAUCCGGAUUAUCCGCGGUGACCUGGGGCCUCUGCGGCCCGUCUAAGUUCCAGGCCUACCCCAAACUUGCUCCGCUUUCCGCAGCCAGCCAAGACCACCCGCGGGAGGGGGGUCAGGGCCUUCACGCUGCCCCUGAGAGUUGUGAGACUAUCAGAGACAAGGACGAAUUAGUUGGUGGAUCACUGCGGGGUGAGUGUGGAGGGAAUCCUGGAAUUGUCACGAUGUCCGGGAAACGGAAGCGUGUGGUGCUGACUAUUAAAGAUAAGCUGGAUAUCAUAAAGAAACUCGAAGACGGGGGUUCUUCCAAACAACUGGCAGUGAUUUAUGGAAUUGGUGAAACAACAGUGCGAGAUAUAAGAAAAAAUAAGGAAAAGAUUAUAACCUACGCUAGCAGUUCUGAUUCCACGAGUCUUCUGGCCAAGAGGAAAUCCAUGAAGCCCUCUAUGUAUGAGGAGCUGGACAAAGCCAUGCUGGAGUGGUUCAACCAGCAGAGAGCUAAAGGGAAUCCUGUAUCUGGACCAAUUUGUGCCAAAAGGGCAGAGUUUUUCUUUUACGCUUUGGGUAUGGAUGGUGAUUUUAACCCCUCUGCCGGUUGGCUAACUCGCUUUAAACAGCGACACAGCAUUAGAGAGAUUAACAUCAGAAACGAAAGAUUAAAUGGGGAUGAGACUGCUGUGGAAGAUUUUUGUAACAACUUCCGAGACUUCAUUGAGCGUGAGAAUUUGCAGCCUGAACAAAUUUACAAUGCAGAUGAAACGGGACUCUUUUGGAAGUGCCUGCCAUCCCGAACUUCUGCCAUGAGAGGUAAAUGCACCCUGCCUGGGCAGAAGUCAGCUGAAGAAAGGGUCACCAUCAUGUGCUGUGCCAAUGCAACAGGUUUACACAAACUGAAACUCUGUGUUGUGGGGAAAGCCAAGAAGCCCCGCUCCUUCAAGUCCACCGACACCUUAAAUCUACCGGUUUCUUACUUCAGCCAAAAGGGCGCCUGGAUGGAUCUUUCCAUUUUCCGACAGUGGUUUGAUAAGAUAUUUGUUCCACAAGUUCGAGAGCACUUAAGAUCCAAAGGACUGCAGGAAAAGGCCGUGCUCUUGUUGGAUAAUUCACCGACACACCCGAAUGAGAACGUUUUGAGAUCAGAUGAUGGCCAAAUAUUUGCUAAAUACUUACCACCUAAUGUGGCUUCAUUGGUUCAGCCCUUGGAUCAGGGGGCCAUCGCAACGAUGAAGAGGAACUAUCGCGCAGGCCUUCUACAGAGCAACUUGGAAGAAGGUAAUGACCUGAAGUCGUUCUGGAAGAAAUUAACUCUGCUGGAUGCACUUUAUGGAAUAGCAACGGCAUGGAAUUUAGUAAAACCAGUGACCAUUAGCAGAGCGUGGAAACAAAUCCUGCCUGUCACUGAGGAGAAAGAAGGCUUGGACUUUGAUGAGGAAGGUAUUUCUAUGGCCACUGUGGCCACCAUUUUGCAACACACCAAAGGACUGGAACAUAUGACUACUGAGAACAUUGAAAAAUGGUUUGAGGUAGACAGUACUGAACCAGGCUACGAAGUGUUAAGUGACAGUGAAAUCAUCAGAAGAGCUCAAGGCCAGAUGGAAGAAUCUAGUGAAAAUGAGGAAGAGGAAAUAGAACUGAUCCCAGAGAAGCAUGUUAACCAUGCAGCUGCUCUCCAAUGGACUGAAAAUUUAUUGGAUUACCUAGAACAGCAAGGAGACAUGAUUCUGCCUGAUAAACUGGUAAUACGGAAACUGAGAGCCACCAUCAGAAAUAAACAAAAGAUGACAAACUCAAGUCAGUAAUGGCAUUUUCAGCUUUAUCACUGUGUUUGUAAUUGUGCUUGUGACUGUAAAAUGCAACUUAAUUUGUAUUCUGGAUUCUUAGACACAGUCUUGUGAAACUGUAUCUAAGAUAGUUUCACAGCGAUGUGUCUACAGUGGCUUAAGGGUUGUGUGUUUUCAUCAACUGUGUCUCAUCCCUUUGUGUAGAUAAUUAGAAACUGAUUCUAUGUAGAUGUGACUUACAUGUGUCUUCACUUUUGUAAAUCACCAGUUACCCACCCUUGUGUAAAAAUGGCAUUCCCUCAACUUUGUCAUGGAAGUUAGAGGUAGCAGUGAACAGACAGAGCACUUUCCCAGAAUCUUUUCCUAGAUUCAUUAAGCUACCCUGGCAAGUUUUACUUUGUGCUAACCAUCUUAAAUGGUUGUCUCUUAUGUGCAUUUGAUGUAUAGGCUGACAGAAUUAGAAAGAACUAUUAGAUUUAAGGAUGAUAUUUAAACUAAGCCCUAAUAAUGAUGGCAAAACUAACCUAUGAAUAAUGAAAAUAACUUAGGUAUCAUACUUCUUUUUGUCAAUUGUGUGCGUGGCCAGGAGGGAGACAUGAUUCUGGAAAUUAAGUCAAUAUAGAAUGUAGGUAAUAAUUGAGGAAAAUUCUUAGAGCUGGUAUGUAAAAAUACUCUGGUAAUUUGAAGCAGGAUUUAAAGAUGUGGGGAAAAUAGUUAUUUAUGCGAAAGGAAUAAAUAGGCUUUAAAAAUUUUGGUCUUUUUAUUGUAUUAUGAAUUGGAUACCAGUAUAGGGUUAUUAUUUAUUCAUCUAAUUAUACUACAGAUUUUAUAAUGUUACAUAUCAUACAGGCCUUCACCUGGCUUGGGAGAACAACAUCUCUGAAAUUUCAAAGAUAAUACGUUUUUUUUUUUUUAAUUUGUUUUUUGAACUGAGUGCUUAGGAAUGUUAUCUGUCAUUUCAAAACGUGUCAUAAAGAAAGGGUUAAAGUUUUUAUUUUAAAUAAAUCAUUUGUCCUGUUUUACAAAGGAAGCAGAAAUAACAGGAACAUAUCAGAAGUAAGGGAUGAUAUUGCUUAUUUUGGCAUUUGUAUUAAGGCAUUCUAAAAUUUAACGGCAUUUAAAAACAUUUCUGUUAACUCAGUAAGUUAAGUUGGAAGACUGCAUAUGUUAAGUACUUUACAAUUGAAAAGCAAAAUGUUUUCAUUUUGUGUAUUGACCCAAAGUAAUAGGGGAAAAAAUGGAAUUGCUUCUAAUUAGUCAUUUUCAGUCAGCUUUAACUGCUUCAUGGAGACACUUAACACUUUAGAGUGCCUUUCUUAGAAUUCUGAAACUUUAAGAAGAUUUUUAGCAUUCCAUAAUUUCUGUUACUUUCAUGAAAUAAUUGUAUCUUGAUUUCUUAACACUGGUGAUGAAAGUGUUUAGCAAUUGUAUUGUACAUUGCAUGAACUAUCUCAGUGCAGCUUGGGAAACACGUCGGGAGUUACUGAAUCAGGUGAUUAAACACUCUACUAUAAGUUAAGUUGUAUAUAAAAUAAUUUUUUUUCUAAAGUAAAAAUAUAUACUAAAGAAGCUUUUUGGAGUUGUGUACUGUUUUCAAAAUUCUUUUCAUUGAAAUUCAGCUGUAUUAUUGCCACCUAGUGGCAAAAUUUGUAUUACUAUGAUUUUAAGCUUUAGUAAAGGAUUCGCUGUUUCUUGCCUUUGA